AUGAGUCUUUUAUUUAAAAGAUUCCAAAGUGUGAAAACUCCCCAAAUCAUAAAUUUCUUCAAAUUAUUCCCAAAGACAACUCAUUCCAAAAUCUUGUUCCAAAUCGAUCCAAAAUCAUUAAGAAAAGAAUAUAGAUCUCUUCAACAACAACUUCAUCCAGAUUCAAACAUUUCUCAUGAUGAUUCCAUAAAAUACGAUGAUUCUAAAUCCUCAUUACUAAAUAAGGGUUAUUCCACAUUGAAAUCAUCGUUAUUAAGAUCCCAACAUAUCCUUGAAUUGAAUGGGAUUGACCUUUCCAAAGAUGAAGUUUCCAAAAAAUAUAGUUUAAAAGAUGGUGAAUUAUUGUUCGAAAUCUUGGAUAUCCAUGAAAAUUUAGAAAAUGUUAAUAAUGAACAAGAAUUGGAACCUGUUAAGUUGGAAAACGAUGAACGGAUUGCCAAAAGUGAAGCUAUUUUGAAUGAUUUGUUUAAUAAACAAGAUUAUGAAACUGCUGCAGUGGAAACUAUAAGAUUAAGAUAUUGGUGGAAUAUAGAUAAUGCCAUCAAGAAUUGGGAACCUGGUAAGCCAAUAAACUUGACACAUUGA